AAACUCAUAUAUUGUCAUAAGUGUUCACUACUAGCAUAUUUAUAUAAGCCUGGCAUAUACAUAUAUUUAUGCCUACCAGAAGAGAUUUUUAGGUGCUAUUGGAGUCUGAAAAUGGAUUUUUCCAUGGCUGCUGGUGGUGCUUCAGGCGAUGAACAAGAACCUUCCAACAAUAGAAGGGGGAAGAAGGCGUACCAUCGACAUACUUCUCGUCAAAUACAGCAGCUUGAAGCAUUUUUCAAGGAGUGCCCACAUCCAGAUGACAACCAGAGGCGCCAAUUAAGUAAGGAAUUAGGCCUUGAGCCUAGACAGAUCAAGUUCUGGUUUCAAAACAAAAGGACCCAAACAAAGACUCAAAAUGAGAAAGCAGAUAAUUCAGUUCUUCGAGCUGAAAAUGAAAGGAUUCAAUGUGAAAACCUUGCAAUCAGAGAGGCACUGAAGAAUGUGAUUUGCCCAUCUUGUGGAGGUCCUCCCUUUGGAGAAGAAGAACGUCAACGUAGUUUGCAGAAACUUCAGCUGGAAAAUGCUCAACUGAAAGAAGAGCAUGAAAAAGUAUCUGCCCUUCUUGCCAAGUACAUAGGAAAACCAAUUUCUCAGAUGGAUUCAAUAAUUCCUAUCCACAGAUCUUCAUUAGACUUUUCGAUGACAGGCCUCGCUAAUCAAAGAAUGGGAAGCCCUGCCCUUGAUCUUGAACUAAAUCCAGGAAUUUCUGACCAUAUUCCCAUGCCUUACCAACAACUUGAAGGAAUCCCAGAAAUGGAGAAGACACUAAUGACUGAGACUGCUGCUAGGGCCAUGGAGGAGUUGAUAAGACUUCUAAGAAUCAAUGAACCUUUGUGGAUCAGAUCUCAGUCUGAUGGAAGAUACACCAUUCAUCGUGACAGCUACGACAAAGUAUUCCCUAGGGCUCAUCACUUCAAAGGUUCAAAUGCACGCGUUGAGUCAUCAAAGGACUCAGGAAUGGUGACAAUGAAUGGAAUGAACCUAGUGGAAAUGUUUUUAGAUACGAAUAAAUGGGUUGAUCUUUUUCCAACAAUUGUUACUAGAGCAAGCAUAAUUCAAGUACUUGAAACUGGAUUGAUAGGAAACCGAAGUGGUUCCUUGCAGCUGAUGUAUGAACAGAUGCACAUACUUUCUCCCUUGGUUCCAUCGAGGGAAUUCUGCUUCCUUCGUCAAUGUCAGCAAAUUGAGGCUGACACAUGGGUGAUCGCAGAUGUAUCCUAUGACUGCUUAAAAGAAAAUUGCUUCUCGUCCCGCUCUUGGAGGCUACCUUCUGGAUGCAUGAUCCAGGACAUGCCUAAUGGAUGUUCCAAGGUUACUUGGGUAGAACAUGUGGAAGUAGAUGACAAAACUCAAACUCAUCGACUCUACAGAGAUCUCAUCUCUAGUGAUUCUGCAUACGGAGCUGAAAGAUGGAUUUUUACCCUCCAGAGGAUGUGUGAAAGGUAUGCUUUCUCCUUUGGAGAAACUGCACCUUCUUGGGAACUUGGAGGAGUGAUGACUUCAUCCGAAGGUAGAAAAAGCAUAAUGAAACUCGCUCACAGGAUGGUAAAGAAUUUCUGUUCGAUGUUAAGUAUGUCAGGUAAGCUGGAUUUUCCUCAGUUGUCUGAAGUGAAAAAUAGUGGGGUUAGAGUUUCUGUUCGGAAAAGCAUGGAACCAGGCCAGCCCGGCGGCAUGAUUGUCAGUGCGGCUACUUCUCUUUGGCUUCCUCUCCUUCCUCAGGAUGUUUUUAAUUUCUUCAAAGAUGAGAAAACCCGAGUUCAGUGGGACAUACUCUCCAAUGGAAACCCAGUGCAUGAGAUUGCACACAUCUCCGGUGGUGCUCAUCCAGGCAACUGCAUAUCCAUCAUUCGGCCUUUUAUACCCAGUGAGAACAACAUGGUGAUGCUUCAAGAGAGCUGCACAGACCCUUUGGGAUCAUUUAUAGUAUAUGCUCCCAUUGACAUUCCAACCAUGAACAUAGCAAUUAGCGGUGAAGAUUCAUCAAUCAUACCUAUUCUUCCAUCUGGUUUUGUUAUAUCUGGAGAUGGCCGUCCAGACACAGGGAAUGGUGCUUCAACUAGUGCAAAUCCUGGAAGAUCAUCAGGUGGUUCACUGCUUACAGUGGCCUUUCAAAUAUUAGUUUCUACACCUACUUCCUCCUCCUCCUCCUCCUCCUCCAAGGAGCUGAACAUCGAAUCAGUAGCAACUGUUAAUACCCUUAUCAGCUCCACUGUUCAGAAAAUAAAAGCUGCUUUGAAUUGCUCUAAUUUGGAUUAAUUAGCUAAAAUUUUUGUUUCUAAAUACAGUUAUUUCAAAACUAUCUUCAUUGCUUGAGGUUGAAGAGUUAUUUGCUAGGGUAAACAUGUUCAACUCUGCCAUUGCUAUUUGGUCUCUUUCAUCUAUUCUUUUUUUUUUUUUUCUCCUUUUUUGUGUGUGUGUUUCUUUACUUGCAAUUUUGUAGUUACAGCAAUCAUAAUGUUGCCUUUGUA